AAUCGCGGCGGGGCGGGGCGGUGGGCCGGCCCCGCGCGGGGCACGCCGGGAAGAUGGAGAACUUCUCGGCGCUGUUCGGCGGGGCCGAGCCGCCGCCCGCCGCCGCCGCCGCGGCCCUGGGCUUCGGACCCGCCAAGGCGCCAGGCGCCGGGUCCGCGCCGCCUCCCGCCGCCGCCGCGCCGCCGCCGGGCGAGGACGCGGCCCGCAAGGCCGCCUCCGGCCCCUUCUACCUACUGCGGGAGCUGCCAGGCACCACGGAGCUGACGGGCAGCACCAACCUGAUCACGCACUACAACCUGGAGCACGCCUACAACAAGUUCUGCGGCAAGAAGGUGAAGGAGAAGCUCAGCAACUUCCUCCCUGACCUGCCCGGCAUGAUCGACCUGCCCGGCUCCCACGACAACAGCAGCCUGCGCUCCCUCAUCGAGAAGCCCCCCAUCUGCGGCAGCUCCUUCACCCCCCUCACCGGCACCAUGCUGACGGGCUUCCGUCUCCACGCUGGCCCGCUGCCCGAGCAGUGCCGGCUGAUGCACAUCCAGCCACCCAAGAAGAAGAACAAGCACAAGCACAAGCAGAGCCGCACCCAGGAUCCUGUCCCCCCAGAAACCCCCUCAGACUCCGACCACAAGAAGAAAAAGAAGAAAAAAGAGGAAGAUCCGGAACGGAAGAGGAAGAAGAAAGAGAAGAAGAAAAAGAAGAACCGGCACAGCCCAGAGCACCCGGGGGUGGGCAGCUCCCAGGCCAGCAGCAGCAGCAGCUUGCGGUGAGCCCCGGGGAUCCCCCAGCCAACUGGAACAGCCCUGACUGACCUUGGAGGGACUCGUCCCUCCUGCAGCGCUCAGCAGGGGGGCUCGGGCUGGCCUGUCCCCCCCCACACACACUGGCAGAGAGGACACCCCCGCAGCCCCCCACUUGCGUCGUGCAGCCAGCCAGGACCAGGGGACACGGACUCUGCUGGCACUGGGGUUGCCAACCUUGGCCUUUUAUACCAAAACCCCCCAGUAGAUCGGGGCCAUUCUUUUUUAGUCACCUUUUAAUUAAAAUCUCUGCUCUGAGGAGGGGCUGGUGGCAGUGGCUGCUGCAACCCUCGGCCGUCGGGGCGAGGUGAGGAGCUGAGACCAGGGGAGUCUAUGGGGCGUGUGGGAUCGGCACUGCCCCGACACGCUGCGGCCUGGGGCGGAGGAUGGCGGCUGAGCUCCCGCCCCAGCGCUGGGCCCAUCUCCUGCCCGAGCAGGGGCGAGGUGGGCACCCACCUUGGCUGGGUUGAGGGGCGCUGUGCUCCUCUGCCCCUCACCACCCAGGCCUGGCGGGGACAGGAGCAACCCUGGAGAGGCACUGUGUCCCUGCGCGGCAGCGGCUGCUGGCAGAGCACCCGGGGCUGCCGUCAUGGGCAGCGUGAACUCCAGCAGCAGUCACAGCACGACACCAAGGUCGUCCUUUGGUCCCACUGUCUUGCACAGGAGCCCGAGCCUCACCAGCUCCUGCGACGCUUUCCUCACACCCUGAAAAAAAACCACCUUACCUUCUGUGGGAGCAGAAUUUGCCCAAAACAGCCGGAGGAGGUGCCUCCCCAAAACAGGGCCAGGCUCAGCUUUCCUCAGGCCCCCCCCCCCCUUCCUCUCCCCCCCAAAAGAAGGGAGGGAAGGCUGAGACCCUGAAGGACACGAGCCCUGCAGGGCUCCUCUGUCCCUGGACGCUAAACAAAGCACACGCAUGCCUGCUGGGGUGGCUCAUUAAAUAUUCUUUUAUUCCUCGUUUUUAAAA